UUCAUUAGUUAAAAAGGAUUAAAAAAAAAACCGUUCCUUCCUUUUCCUGAUUAUCCUGUAUAGUACUCGGACGUACUCCAUUCCUGACGUUAAGGAAUCUCUCUGGUAAUCGUGUAUUUAUAGAGAGCAAGGAGCAAAAUGAAUACUAGUAAAGUGGCCAAUACUCCAAAGCGCAAAACACCUAAUUCAGCAAAAAAGAAAGGGAGUGCUGUAAAAGCACAAGUUGAUACACCCCGGCCAGUUCUGUCUGCUAAGAAAGUCCUAUCUGCUAAGAAACAAAAUGGUCUUAAAUCAGCUGCAACACCAAAGUCCAAAAAUGUGACUACAAAGACACCACCCAAGUCAAAUAAAAAGAAACCUGUUGCAAAAAAAGAUGAGGAAGAAGAUGAUGAUGAAGAGGAGGAGGAGGAUGAAGAGAUGGAUGUUGAUCACAUAAAGGAACUUGUCAUGGCAUCAGAUGAUGACGACGAUGAGGAUGAUGAUGACGACGAUGAUGAGGAGGACGAUGAGGAUGAUGAUGACGACGAUGAGGAUGAUGAUGACGACGACGAUGAUGAUGAAAUAGAUGAAAAGGAUCUGGAAGCAAUGCUUAAAGCAAUCCGUGGCAAAGAGACUAAGAAGGCAGCUACCCCUGCCAAGACCCCUAAAGAGGAGAAAGCUAAGAAAACCGCGACAGCUACUCCUGCCAAGACACCUAAAGCUGGUAAGGGUAAAGAUACAGCAGCAAAAACACCCAAGAAAACAGAGGAGGUUACUCCAGCCAAAACACCAAAAGGUGGCAAAGCUAAAAAGACAGAGGCAGCCACCCCUGCCAAAACACCAAAGGCUAAGAAAACAGAGACAGCCACUCCUGCCAAACAAGCAGAAACUGGACAAAAGGAUCUUACUGAAAACCUACAAGAAGCAUAUCAAGAACAGCUGAAGUCCUUUAAUGAAAGGAACAAACGAACACUUUUUGUAAAACAGCUUCCCGCAAAAAUCACAGGAGAUGAAAUUUCUAAAUUAUCAAGUGAUAUAUUAGUAGUCAGAACGAGGAGAUCCCGAGAUUCAUCAGUAUAUGCUUUUGUAGAAUUUAAAGAUCAAGCAACUGCACAGAAAAACUUUAAGGUACUUUCAGAAUGUAAAUUUGAUGGCAAACCAAUAUUUGUUGAUUUUGCAUCUACAAAAAGUACGUCUGAGGGUCCAAAAACUAAAAUUGGAAAGCUUGAUCCCAAGAAAUUGUACAUAACUGGUUUCCCUCAAAAGACAACAUUAGAAGAUUUGCAAAAGGUACUUCCGAAUGCCCAAGUAACCUUACCAGUCAAGUUGGCAUCAAAUUUGCCUUUAGGAUAUGCAUUUGCUAAGUUUGAAACACCUGAAUUGUGUUCUGAAGCAUUGAAACAGAUCCAGGGCAAAGUAGUUAAUGACACUCCUUUGAUAGCACUCUAUGCAAAAUUAGUACCAGUAUCAAAAGAAUUGAAGAGGAAAAUCGAGAAACCUAAAGGAGAUCCUGCUGCCAAGAAAAAAAAACUGGAUCAAGCGAAGGAGGAGGAGGAGGAUGAGGAAGACGAGGAGGAGGAUGAUGAGGAAGACGAGGAGGAUGAUGAUGAUGAGGAAGACGACGAUGAUGACGAGGAGGAGGAUGAUGAUGAGGAAGACGAGGAGGAGGGAGAAGAAUAAUUGAGAGAACACACCAUCUUUUGAAAGUCAUUUCUAUAACCUUCAUUAACAUUCUCUUUACUGCAACUAAGAGCAGAGCUGUAUUUACAAUCAUAUACUCAUUACAGGAUUAAAACAUUUUAUAUGUAUAUAUAUUGCCACUCA